AUGCACUUCUAAUUCUGACUUCUCUACGAUGCAUGUUGUUCACACCAACUCCCUAGGGUUUUAGUUCAACCAGGCCAAAACCUCCACGCCGCCGCCGCCGCCGCCGCCGAGAAUUCCUAGGCGGCGAUGGCCAUGUCCCGGCGUUCCGCCUCCCACCUCCUCUCCUCCUUCCGCCCUUUCUCCCUCCUCCUCCAGCCCCUCGCCGACGCCCCCUCGCCCGCGGCCGCGGCCGCAGCGGCGUCGGCUCGCCGGGCGAUGUCCUCGGCGUCGGCUCUGCGGGCGCGGGGAGACGACAAGGAGUUGGCGCGGUGGCGCGAGUCCAUGGAUCGGAUGCGGAACAUUGGUAUCUCCGCGCACAUCGACUCCGGGAAGACGACGCUGACGGAGCGGGUCCUGUACUACACCGGCCGGAUCCACGAGAUCCACGAGGUGCGUGGCCGCGACGGCGUCGGCGCAAAGAUGGACUCCAUGGACCUCGAGCGCGAGAAGGGCAUCACCAUCCAGUCGGCAGCUACCUACUGUACCUGGAACGGAUACCAGAUUAAUAUCAUUGAUACCCCAGGUCACGUGGAUUUCACUGUUGAGGUUGAAAGGGCCCUCCGUGUUCUUGAUGGUGCUAUACUUGUGCUAUGUAGUGUUGGUGGUGUACAAAGUCAAUCGAUUACUGUUGAUCGACAAAUGAAAAGAUAUGAAAUUCCAAGGGUUGCAUUUAUUAACAAGUUGGACCGCAUGGGAGCUGAUCCAUGGAAAGUUCUCAACCAGGCUCGGGCCAAACUACGGCACCAGAGUGCAGCUGUACAAGUGCCGAUAGGAUUGGAAGAGGAGUUUGAGGGCCUUGUUGAUCUUGUGGAGUUGAAGGCUUUGAAGUUUGAGGGUGGAAGUGGACAGGAGGUUGUUGCAUCUGAUGUCCCAUCCAACAUGCAAGAUUUUGUAAUGGACAAGAGACGCGAACUUAUUGAAGUUGUUUCAGAAGUAGAUGACCAGCUUGCAGAAGCUUUUCUUAAUGACGAGCCAAUAACAGCUAAUGAGCUUAAGGCUGCUAUCAGAAGGGCAACAGUAGCGCGCAAGUUCAUACCAGUUUACAUGGGAAGUGCAUUCAAGAAUAAGGGUGUUCAACCUCUUCUUAAUGGUGUGCUUGACUAUCUACCCUGCCCACUGGAAGUUGAGAACUUUGCUCUUGACCAAAACAAGUCAGAAGAGAAGGUUUCAUUAUCUGGAACUCCAGCUGGUCCACUUGUAGCAUUAGCCUUUAAGCUUGAGGAAGGCCGUUUUGGUCAGUUGACAUAUCUAAGAAUCUACGAAGGUGUGAUUCGGAAGGGUGACUUCAUACAGAAUGUAAAUACAGGAAAAAAGAUCAAAGUUCCACGAUUAGUAAGGAUGCACUCCAAUGAGAUGGAGGAUAUUCAAGAAGCACAUGCUGGCCAAAUUGUUGCUGUGUUUGGUGUUGAUUGCUCGUCAGGUGAUACAUUUACAGAUGGGUCGGUCAAAUAUACUAUGACUUCAAUGCAUGUCGCUGAACCUGUGAUGUCCUUGGCUGUUAACCCGAUAUCUAAAGAUUCUGGAGGACAAUUUUCAAAAGCACUGAAUCGAUUCCAGAGAGAAGAUCCUACUUUCCGUGUAGGUCUGGAUCCAGAGAGUGGACAGACAAUUAUUUCUGGUAUGGGUGAGUUGCAUUUGGAUAUCUAUGUUGAACGCAUCAGGAGAGAGUACAAGGUUGAUGCAAAGGUUGGGAAACCUCGUGUGAACUUCCGGGAAUCGAUCACCCAGCGUGCUGAAUUUGAUUACUUGCACAAAAAGCAAUCGGGCGGUCAAGGCCAAUAUGGGCGAGUUUGUGGGUACAUUGAGCCUCUUCCAUCAGAUGCUGAAGGUAAAUUCGAAUUUGAUAACAUGAUUAUUGGACAAGCAAUUCCAUCCAACUUUAUACCAGCGAUUGAAAAGGGUUUCAAGGAGGCUUGCAAUUCGGGUUCAUUAAUAGGGCAUCCUGUGGAGAAUAUUAGGAUUACACUGACUGAUGGGGCUUCACAUCAAGUCGAUUCCAGUGAGCUUGCGUUUAAGCUAGCUGCUAUCUAUGCUUUUAGACAGUGUUAUACUGCUGCUAAACCUGUUAUAUUAGAGCCUGUGAUGAAGGUGGAACUAAAAUUUCCAACAGAGUUUCAGGGCACAGUAACUGGUGACAUAAACAAGAGAAAAGGUAUUAUUGUUGGAAAUGACCAGGAAGGCGAUGACACAGUUGUAGUAUGCCAUGUUCCACUAAACAAUAUGUUUGGAUAUUCGACAGCGCUUCGCUCAAUGACACAGGGAAAAGGCGAGUUUACAAUGGAGUAUAUGGAGCAUAAUACUGUCUCGCAGGAUGUACAGAUGCAGCUUGUGAAUGCACAUAAGGCCACUAAGAGCGCAGACUGAUUCUUCUGGAGCACAGAGAAAACAAAUUUUGUUUCCAUUAUAUUCGUUAACUUUGUUUCCACUGCCCCUCAAAUGGUGAGCUAGGACAUCACUAAUAGGCAAUAUUUGUAGAAUUACAUCCGAUAGUCAGCACAGGAAUGGGUAUGUUGUAAUAAUCUCAAAACCCUUGGUACAAACUCACAUGAAAUAUUGUAGGCCGGGAUUGUUAUGGAGAAGCAGCAAAGCUAUAGCGUCCUUGAAAGUUUUUACCACCCUACAGUACCUUUCCGAAUGUAUGGACUGACCAUGAAGAAAGAUUUCUCA